AUGGCUAUGACUGCACAGCCAGUGUCCACAGAUCCUUCGACGGUGUCGCGCCGCAGUGGCUUCAUCAUGGAAACCGAUCAGGCGCCUCUCCAAAGCUGGAUUGCCUCACAACACACGCAUACGACAACCAGACGCCCCGCCGCCAAAUCGCUAUUAUCACUCAAAGACAUUCCAUACACCUCAGCAGAGUGGAAGAGGGCCCUGGCCGAGGUGAAGAGAGAUUAUAGCAACAAGAGAUAUCGCCCUUGCUCCUCUCGCUGUAUCGAGAUUCUCAAGAAUGUCCAGACGACUCGAGAAAAUGCCCAGACUGCGUACUUGAUAUACCUCCAUUUCUAUGCCGCAACAUCCUUGGAAAUGCAAGCGCGGAGCCUGCAUGUGGGCUCCCCUUACCGCCUCAGACUCCUCGAGGAGGCCCGAGAACAUUACAACAUUGCUUCUAAAAAAUCCAAGAUCGCCGACGAACAGGCUUACCAGACCAUCGUACGACCCUUGUCGCCUUCCUCCAGUCUCUCCUCUCCCAUCGAAUCCUGCCUAUCGCGUCAAUCCAGCUCCACAAGAAUGUCGUCUCCCACACCUUCUGCAGCCUCCAGCGUUGGACAGCCCUUGAAGAGAAAGAAAAAAGUUGCUUUUGCUGAUGAACUGGAGCAAGAGCCUUGCGUUCGACCCGACUCGCCCACCCUUGGCUUUUCAGACCCCGGCAGUGGACGCACAUCGCCAUGCCAAGAUAUCCCUCUUGAUCCUCUUCCUCCUUCCGUGCAGAGCAUGCCUGAUAUUUGCCCAUCCUUUUCUCCGACAUCAAGUGUCGACGGAGACGACCCCCCGCGGGAGAUGCCCGAGGAGGAGCUGCCCAAUUCAGAAGAGCGGGAAUCACUGGAAAGAUACUGCGCCAUCUUGGCCAGUAUCCAGCGCCAAAUCACAUCUCAUCUCGGCGCCAUUGAUAGAGAGAUUACUGCGGCUCUGAGCUCUAAAUCAUCUGUACCGGCCGAUGCGGAGAUGCGGGCCCUGGAGCUUCACUCACGGAUCGAGAGACUGCGCGCUAAUGGUUGGAAACGCAAGCGUUUUGAUGCCAAGCACUACGAAGAAUAUCGCGAGCAAGUGAUGGCCGACAUGGUUUCUUAUAUAUGA